UAAUUGUCACCAUGGAUUCAUGCGAGAGAGGAGUUGUUGUGGUAGUGAAGAGCAUGGAGGUGGUGGCGCCUUUUGCGCCGCUUAGAGUGCACCGGCUGCCUAUGUCGAAUUUGGACCUGCUGUUCCCACCUUUCGACGUUGGAGUUUUGUUCUUCUAUGAUGCGGGAAGUUUGAAAACUGAGAUGAUGAUACGCAUGAUGAAGAAAGGGUUGAGUCAGGUACUGGUCUCAUUCUAUUCGCUUGCUGGAGAAGUAGUUCUUAAUAAUGAAGGCGAGCCUGAGAUACUUUGCAACAAUCGCGGUGUGGAUUUUGUCCAGGCAAUUGCAGAUAGGGAACUCCGACGUCUUAAUCUCCACAAACUGGAUGUUUCUGUCUAUGCUAACUUUUUUCCUGUUAAAAAACGCGGAGUUCUGUCAGUACAGGUGACAGAGAUGAAAUGUGGCGGCUUAGUGAUAGGCUGCAGCUUUGAUCAUCGCGUUGCUGAUGCUCACUCAAUCACCAAAUUUCUAGUUGCAUGGGCAGAUAUGACUAGAUCCAACCACUCAAAGGAUUAUAAAAUCGCGUCAGUAUCCUCUCCAGACUAUUGCCGUUCACUCCUUGAACCUCGAAAUCCAAUCCACCCUGAUCCUGCCUUGAACAACAUGUACAUGUUAGUCGAAGAUGCAUCAGUUGAUUCCCCACAAGCACCACCAGUGUUCCAUCUCCAAAGCCGUAUAUACAAGAUCAAUGCUUGCCAACUCCAGCAUCUCCAGUCUCUAGCAGGACCUAAUAGAACCAAAUUCGAGGCCUUCAGUGCCUUGUUAUGGAAGUUACUAGCAAAAGCGGCGACAGAAGACAAAAAAAGAUGCAAAUUGGGAAUUGUAGUAGAUGGACGAGAUUAUUUGAACAAAUCCAUGGAGAAUUACUUCGGAAACGUACUGUCAGCUCCCUAUAGUGAUGCUAGUGUUGUUGAACUCAAAUCAAUGCCUCUUUCUGAAAUUGCUGAUAAGGUGCAUGCAUGCGUGGAGUGCGCCGCAAACAAUGAGCAUUUCAGGGGACUUGUUGAUUGGAUUGAGUGUCACCGUCCCCGUCAACCAAUGUACAAGAUUUUUUCAUUCCUACCAAGUGACACGGAGGAGGUGGCUGUGGUCGUCUCCUCCGGCCAGCAUUUUCCGGUCCACAAAAUGGACUUUGGCUGGGGGCACCCCUCAGUUAUGUCUGUAUUUUUCCCUUGGGAAGGAACUACUGGCUAUGUUAUGCCGCUGCCUAGUGCUACAGAGGAUGGUGAUUGGAUUGUUUACAUGCAUCUUUCCGAAAAGCACUUAGAUUUUGUGGAGAAAGAGGCACCUCAUAUCUUUGAACCAUUUGCUUUUACUGGCCCUUUGAAAGCAUCUAAACUUUGAUCUUACAGGAAAAUGAAACAUUGGUGAUCCGAUCUGAUCUGAUCUUCUUUUGUA